CAAAGGACGGCGACACCAUCGAGGUUGAGGGUCGGGCAGGCAAGGUGGGAGGGACAUUAGCCUUCACCACCGCGACCAUUUGGAAAGUCGUAGAGGAUAAGCUAGGUCCGAUUAUCGCGACUGGUUCGCACACCAAGUUUGUCAGAGUCUGAACUGUCCUCAUACCCGAGGCCUUCCGCCAAUGAACACCCACGCCAUCUUCUUUGAGGUCUCAUCCAGCUCUCCAUGGAUGAUGAACUCCACUCGGAUGCCGGAGAUUAAAGCGCCCCUUUCGCCUCAUAUCCAUGUUCAGCCUCACGGCGACGACACUAUGGAGAUGCGGGAGGGUUCGACACAUACAUAGACCGCGAGAAAAGAUAUCACAAAUACUUAUACCUUUUCGAACUUUGAAUCUUCGUGCCUUGGUAUACCAGCUUAGAGGUGAUCACAAACGUUACUAUCGUCUUUUUAGCGUUCAAAAGGCUUUCGAAGCUAAAAACGGGGCCCUACAACACUUACACAGAUAUCCCAUCAAGAGAGUAGGGUGCUUCAGGGAGAUGUUCACUUUGGCCAUGACUACACCAUCUCAUAUAGCCCUGACCUUCUCUUCUCCUUUCCAUCUCGCUAUUAAGACACUGUUGACCCGUAGCAUCUACGACAUAGGCUGUGAAACAUCUCGAAAAUCCCGUCGUGGUGGCGGCUAUGGAUAUGGCGCCAGCGUACUAGUCAUUGAAGUCGUACACACUACUAGGCUAGGCUAUGGUAGGAGGAUAGGUGGGAUGAGCGGAGACUUGAUGGGGCAAUCUAGAAGGAGGUGGGACCGAACUUAAAAAAAUAUGCUUAUAUUCAUAUUGGGGUAUAGUCUACUGUUUAUACGAUACUGACUCUGAUACGCAUUAUUUUUUGGGA